AUGACUGCCUUUAUACAGCUUUGUCUAGUUUUAAGUAUAAUCACUAAUAAAUUGGCGACAGCGAUUUCUCCAGCACUAAUUUUAAGCCCCUUCAUCAGUCAGAAUCGUACUGACGAGGCCAGAAAGCUAUCUGCUGUAGACCCGUCGCUAUUUCUCAAUGUGACCAGCUAUUCUGGAUUCCUUACAGUUGAUGCUACAUACAACUCAAAUUUAUUCUUUUGGUAUUUUCCUGUGCGAGAUAGGCCAAUAAAGACAACACCUUGGAUAAUUUGGCUUCAAGGAGGACCUGGUGCGAGUAGCCUCGCGGGCUUGUUCGACGAAAUUGGACCUUUUCAAUAUAACAAGGAGUUAGGGUUAAAAAUUCGUGAGUCGUCGUGGUGGCGAGAGUAUUCUUUGGUAUUUAUUGACAAUCCUGUCGGAGCUGGCUACAGCUUCACUAACAGCCAAGAUGGUUUCGCUCGGAAUAUGGCUAUGUAUUCAAGUCACCUGUACAAAGCCGUUGUACAGCUGGUGACUUUAUUUCCUGAAUUGCAAAACGCCCCGUUGUACCUCGCCGGUGAAUCUUAUGCUGGACAUUAUAUACCAGGGUUUGGAAUUAAAACACUUGAGGAAAUGAACAAGAAUAAAAAAGGAAUGUUUCCUUAUAAUCUAAAGGGAUUAGUCAUGGGUAAUCCUGUGUUAGACCGUGCAAGCAUAGCGAAUUUUACGUCAGUAUUUUACCACUGGGGUCUGAUCGACAGUCAGGGCGUAAUUGCUGCCAAUCCUCUCCAGGAGCAGUACAUCCAAGCUGUUGAAAUUGGAAAUAGCAGUGCUGCUGUGAUUCUCCGUGAUCAGCUAUUGGACAAAUUACAAGAAAUAACCUCUCAGAAUCAAGUAUACAAUAUUUUGCACAACUACGGAGACCUUAAAGAUUUCAUGGAUUACAUCAUGCUAGAAAACGUGAGAGAGGCGCUACACGUCGGCACCAUAAAGUUUACAUUCAGUAACGCUAGCGUCCACAAGCACUUGGUUUCCGAUUUCUUGGCUAAAAUGUCCCCGACAAUGAAUAAUUUAUUGGAGCACUGUAAGGUCCUGAUAUAUUGUGGUCAGUUGGACCUCACGGCGCCAUGUGUCCCUGCUGCUGAGUGGCGACGUCAGCACUGGAGAUGGAGCGGUCGAGAAUCGUUUCUGAAAGCGCCACGUGUGCCUUGGUGGUAUAACGAAAGUGUAGCCGGCUAUGUUAAAAGUGGAGGCGGUUUUACGGAAACUCUAAUACGCGGCGCUGGCCAUCUUGCACCGAUAGAUAAGGCGGAACAAGUUAGGCAACUGGUGUCCUACUUCAUCAGAGGCCUAGAUAUGCCUAUGCCGCCAAAUUAUGAAGCAGAAGCAGAAUACACACCAGAAUAUACCGCCCUACAAAAAGCUAAAAUUGAAAAUGACGAUAAUAAUUUUAAGACUGGCAUGUUAAUUAGCAUUAGUGUAAACGUUAUUUUAGUAAUAAUUAUUGUAUUGUUGAUUGUGUUUGUUGGAAAAUGGAAGAAAAGGGAUGAAGACUACCUCUACGCCCCUCUUUCGGACGGUAUAUUAACUAUGACAUAG